UCGACCACUCCUCAGGAAACACGGCUUCUCUUCUCUCUUCUUAGUUCUCAACAGACCAAAAAAAAAAAAAAAUUGGUGCCUUCACUGCCUUUCUCUUCUCAACCCAUCUCGGCCCAUUUCCACUUUCUUUUCCUUUCUUUAUAGUCACAUAUUCACAUACGACUAUUUGUUUUAAAAAAGCUCCAAAUUUGAAAUCAUAGGUCAUAUUAAAGUUUAUAGAAAAAGAAAAGUGAGAGCAAAUAACUCACGGUACACUGAUGACUGAUGCUUGUUGGUGGUGGUGUGUGGACAGCCAAAGGUGAAUCCGUGGAUGCAUAGAUAGAUCGUGGUGUUUCUUUAGAAUUUCAGUUCUCUCGCGCUCUUGAGCGGCGAUGGACGCUCCACACUUGAACCCCUAUUACGUGCAUCCGCCACUGGCCAGAAUAUCAUUUGGGAAUCGUAGCCAACCCAACAUGGCCUCAUAUGAAGAUCAAUGUCAACACUUUGUCGUCAACAUCGGUGAUGCUUUCCGCAGCAAUGACACUGAGGUUCCUAUUUGUGUCCUCAAAGUGCCCAACUCUCUAAGCGCUUCCAUGCCAGAAGCUUACAUCCCUCAGAUUGUAAGCUUAGGAAUCAUUCAUCAUACCCAGUCCCAGACUGCCGCAAUGCAAACAUACAAGCUUAAAAUGGCAAAGAAUAUUCAUAGGGGAUUCGGACGCAUCGAGUUCGAACAACUCGUUGAGGGGCUCCGGAUGCUAGUGCCAGCUAUCCGUUCCUGUUACCAGAUGUACUUGAUUGAUAAUGAUACUGCGAUAGCAUUAGUAAUGGCGAUUGAUGGUUUGUUUUUGUUCAAGUUGCUUUGCUGCUAUGGCAUCGACAAAGAAGCUCAAGCAUCUUCAAACAUUCUGCGUGGCUUGGCUGAUCACCCUGCAGAUAUCAGAUUGCACCAGGACGGGAUCCUUCGAGAUACGAUGAUGCUUGAGAACCAGAUUCCAAUACUUGUGUUGAAAAAUAUCUUGCUCAUGGAAUACUCAAAGCCAAAGGAAAAGAAGCCACCUAUCGUUAAAGAAUGUCUUCCUCAACUGUUGCUGGGUUAUUGUAAAGCACUCUCUCCAUUCAAAGUGCGACAGAAAUACCCGAAUUCCGUAGCACUAAAUCGUGCUCAUUUGUUGGAGCUUCUGUACGACUUGAUCGUGCUCCAAGAGCCACCGGAAGAGGAGCCUGAAUAUGAAGAUCUGGAUGUAGAACAACCACCAAUACGCCUAAUGUCGGAAAAGACACAAUUGCUGGAUGAGGCGUUGGGUGUUGUAGCAAGCCUAGCUAUACCACAAAAGAUUAGAAAACCCAUUGAGCUGCUAAAAGGUUUGCUUGAGCUGCCAUGGUCAAACCUCAACCUCAAUCCAUCCUCUGUUGAAAACAUAGUUCCGGUUGUAGAGGAAAGCUUGGUUCCUACAGCGUCGAACCUGUGCGGCGCUGGAGUAAAAUUCUGCAGCGCGGAGUGCAUCUCAGCCGUUGGAUUUGACCGCGCAACAGCCUCGUUUAAGCUCCCCAUCGUUAAAUUGAGAGUUAACUCGGAGGUGAUUAUUAGAAACUUGGUGGCAUAUGAAGUAAUGUCCAAGUCGGAAUCUGAGCCGUUGAUUUUUACACGCUACAUUGAACUGAUGGAUGGGAUUAUAAAGAGUUCCGAGGAUGUGGCGGUGCUUAAGAAACAUGGAAUUCUGGAAUGCGAGUCCGUUGAGGACGACAAGGUUGCGAAGAUCUUUGGCGGAUCCGGCAAGCUGGCCCUAUGGUCAGCGAAGGCGGCUGAUUUAGACAAGGCCAUAACGGAUGUUAACGCCUAUUACAACGGUUUAAGGAAGGUUAAGGCAUACAAAUUCAUCAAGAAGUGUUGGUUAACUUUACGGAAUGUUGGCACGCUUGUCGCUGUAAUCUUGGCCUUGUCGCUAUUGGCUCUCCAGACCUUCUGCUCGGUCUAUGGCUGUUCUCGUAUAUUCCCGGAGAACAAGUAACUAAUUAUAAUAUUAAUGUGUGGCUAACUUCUUCAUGCUUGUGUUUAUUCCUAUCUAUCUGGAGCGCUAUAUAUGUAUAAUAAUUAAAGCUUCGAUCUACCUUCUUGUAAUGAUUUGGUUUGCAAGAGGUACGUAGUGUUCUUGGAAGAUCUAGGGAUGGAUCUUGAUGACUUGAUCAAGAAUGUACAUCAUCUGGUGUACGUUUGUGGUAGUUAUAUAU